ACACCAUACCUCCACAGACCGUCGGACGAGCAACACGUAUACAACAAGUGACAGUGAUAACGACGUGCAAGUGACCAGUAAAUUAAUUAAUCAGUGGGAUUUGUGAAACUUAAAAAUGGAGAAGUUAUUGAUGGUUUUAGUGCUUUUUGUGAUUGUGAGGGCGGUGGAGAACAGACAUCACCCGAAAUUUGGAAGGAAUUACGAGGAGCAUGAAGUUCCGCCUCUGAAGAAAGUGUCCUGUAGCAGUGGUUCAAGCGAGAGGAGUGCCCUAAUAGAAGAUGCGCGGUGCGGAGCUCCCCGGGAAGUCUUCGUUGUACUUAAACCCAAAGCAGCUCACGAAGAGAUCCAUCCGGGUGCCGUGUGGGUCAAGCGCUGCGUCGGCCUUUGCGACCACGUCGGCUCCGACUCCAAGUGCGUUCCUCGGGAGACGACCAUCCGGCACAUACCGAUAAAGAUUACCAACAUGAAGACCGGGAAGGAGUCGUGCUCGCUGUACGAGCUGGAGGAGCACCUGUCGUGCCAGUGCUGCACGGGCAGCCCCGAGAGCUGCGCCGCCACGGGCCGCGUGUUCAACCCCCGUAAGUGCGCCUGCCAGUGCCCCAACCUCGAGGAGCGCCGCAACUGCCUCGCCAAGAACCCGAAUAUGCGGUGGAAUCGUUCUAAGUGCGCUUGUGAGCCGCGAAGGCGAAUGAGAUAAGCGAUAGGACCAGGAAUGCUCUCGAAGAAGUCGAAGAGGAUUUAAAGUAACUUGGAGUUUGACUAUACAGAAGUGGCGGAGUGACCUGGAUGACUAAAGACUUGUAAAAGUGACCUUAGUUGUAUUGCCGACUGAUAUAAGUGUCUUAUAACGUAAUUAGUCUAAGUCUAAACAGUAUUAUAGGGUAGCUAAUCUAUUUAUUUCAUUAGGAUUAAUAUAUGGGGCCAAAUGGUGCUAUGAGCUCAAUAUGUUCCAAGACCUUUGGUCUGUAUUUAAUGUCUGCACCGUAUGAAUGUUUGAUAGUCCUGUGUUAUGUAUGAUGUUCUUCUAGUGCGAAUAUCAUUCGAAAACGUAACGUAAUGUGAAUGUCGGUGGCACCAAACCAUCUGUUACCGAAUUUAGCGUUAGCACAUAUUUAUUCUUUGGGAAUUUCCAUAGACAUCGUUGACGUGUCUGUUAACUGUGGUUGAUGCAACUGGCCCUAAUUGUUGUAUACUGUAGGACAAUUUGAACAGCUCCUCAAAAGCGACGUUUCGAAAACAAGAGUUGUUCUAACAAAACGUAACGAUUUAGAAUGAUUGUUUACACUAAAAGCUCGUGUAAUAGUAUUGUCUGAAGACAUCACUGUCCAGUAUUUGAUUUAUAUGUAGUUAAUAGCGUAAACAUGAUUUACGCAAUUCCUAUGUUGUGAUAUAAAUUAUAGUUAUUCCAAUGUUAGGUUUAAGAUUUUAAUGUGACUAUUACUUUAAAGUAUUCGGUCUAGUCAUAGGACAUGUACUUAAUUUAUUGUUUUGUAUAUCAGGGAAUGUCUCGAUUUAUUAAAUCAGCUCUCUUCAUUAUGUAUUUUGUAUUUUUUUUUUAAUUUAAGUUCGUGUUGGAGGCCUAGUCCUUGGUGCCAAAGACAUGUAAUCUCAUAGGUUAAAUUUAUGUGUACUUAUUUGUCUUUUAAAUAUUUUAAGCUUCAGAAGCUUUAAGUGAUCGAAUCACAUUAAGUUAAGUAAAUAAAUAGUAAAUUUUGUACUUAAAAUAAGAUCUUAAA